GGGACCGGAGGGCGGAGACAUGGGGGAAAUCGCGAGCGUGAAACCGGAAGGGAUGCCUUAAAGGAAAGGGCGCUACUUCACCUCCGACUUUUAUCGGCCUGGCCGGCUUCGCUCUCUUAAGGGGCAAGGGGCUGCUUUUAGAGAGGCGGGGCAGGUUCCGUUGUAUACAGGAGCUUCUUUUCAUCCCACUAUGAAUAGGUUUUCUCUUUAAAAGACCGGUGACAUUGUCCAGACAUCGAAGGAAAAAGCUUAUAAAUCCUGGUGGCUUCAAAAUAGUCUCUAAUUUAGCUCAACAAAGGUGGAGCAGGGGUUGCAGCAGGAGCAUCCUCUUAAAGGGGAAGUCGGAUCUGGUGGAAGGGUGUGGUCCAGCGUUUUGGAAGGGUGGAAUAGGCCUCGGCUCUUCCAGAGCAGAAUAUCUCUUGUUUAAGGCACGCCCAGCCUUCUGAAAGGCACAUGUAGCUUCUUGGGAUAAUUGUCUCCUAAAACACUUUCAAAGGGAUGGUCAUGUCUAUAAAAGGAAUCUUUAUCACCUGUCCAAAGGAGAUGUCCAGUCUUCGUUUAUUCCGGAUGUUUUUACUGAGCACUCUCUUUGUGCCUGACGUUAUUCUAGGCGCUGGGAUGCAACAGUGAGUAAGCUGUCACUAGCAUCUAGUGGGUAGAGGCCAGGGAUGGUGCUAAACAUCCUAUAGUGCAUGGUACAGCCCCCUGGACACUAGUCCAGCCCCAAAUCUGAACAGUGCUGAGGUUGGGAAACUCUGAUUACAAAGUAGUUUAGAAGGUCAUAAAUGCUAUGGAGAAAAUGUAAGUUAGAGAAAGAGAAUGGGGAGUGUUGGAAGGGGUUGCAGGUUUAAGCAGGCUGGUCAGGGAAUGCCUCCUGCUGGUGACAUUGGAUGUGAGGGAGCAGACUACUAGGCUGGGCCUCUGUAAGUGCCCCAGGUGGAGCAGGCAUGCCCAGCCAGGCUGGGUGCUGAGAGCGCUGUGAGGAUUGGAGCAGCCAGGAGCAGGACAGUGAGGGGGGAGGCCAAGCGGUGUAGCUCUCUUAAGGGGUUGUCUUCUGCUUGGAAAUGGGAGCUGUGAGGCUUUGGCAGGAUUUUUGCUUCAGCCUCUGUGCUGGGAGUAUACUGGGCCAGGGAGGGUGAGGUUGGAAACACGAGGCCUGUUAGGAGGCUAUGGCAGCUGCCAGGAGUGGGGUGUAGAUACCCUGGACACAGGUGGCGACAGGGGACUUGGUGAGAAGUGGCCAGAUUGCAAGUAUGUUCCUGCUGGGCCAGGGGAAGCACUGAUGGAUUUGCUCUGUCACAGAGUGAGAGGCGAGGGGGCCCCAAGGCUUUUGGCCUGAGGAAGAAUAGAGCUAUUUUCGGGGAUGGAGAAAAUUAUGGAUGAAGGAGGGUUGGGGGUGAGGUGGGGGCAAGCAGGAGCCAAAGCCUGGAGUUAGCUUUGGGGCAUGUUAAAUUUGAGGUGUCUAGCUGUCCACAUGGCAUCGUGAGCAGGGGUUUGGAGUUCAAAAAAAAGGUGUCAUAGUGGACUGUAGAGUUCUCCUAUGUAUAGAUGGGGAGGCCUGAGGGAGGCCAGGGCUCCCUGGGCGGAUAGGACUUGGAUGCCCCUAUAGGCACGAGUCAGGGCGAUGGAAAGGACUAGCACCUGAAACUAAGACCGGGGGCAAGUGAGGAGCAUGGUAUCUCGGGAACCAAAGGGACUGGUUGGAGGAGGGAGGGUCCAUUGUGGACUAGGCAGAGGCCAUGGGUUUAGUACCAUGGAGGCCACGAUGUUUGAAAUGGGAAGGAGCAGUUUUGAGUUGUUUUGCUGCGAAAAGGUGGAGAGAAACUAGAGCUUAGCUGGAGGGGCAAAGCUGGACCCUUGGUAGGUGCUUGGUAGGGUGAAAGUGUUUUUGUCAAGAUGGGAGACAGAGCUUGUGGGCACGUUGAUGAGUGUGGUCUGGGUGAGGAGCAUUGCUCAGGGUGGGUCCUCAGGGCCCCUGGGCCUAGAGGCAGGCCAGAAGGAGGGGCAGUGCGGGUUUCGCAGCCCCAGCACCACUGGCAUUGAUUGGGGCUGGAUCACUCUGCUGUGAGGCCUGCCCCAUGCACUGUGGGAUGUUGAGCAGCAUCCUGCCCUCCCCCUACUAGAUGCCAGGAGCAUCUGCCCCUCCAGAUUACAGCCUGAUAGCCAGAACAGUCUCCAGGCAUUGCCAGUGCCCCUUGGAGUGGGGUGCCAUGGGGGGGGGUCCCAAUUGUCCUGUUGAGAAUAACUGGAGUAUGGUUGGGACGUGGGAACUUUCUCUUCUGAUUGCUUCUAUUUUCCCAGUGACAAGAUCAAUGGCAGGGUCACCUGCCAAGAGCAGAAGGGGAAAAGAGGUUUGAGGGGAAAAAAACAUGCAAGUAUCACCUGGGGGUGGUGAAGGGACCAGAGAAAUGCAAAUGAGCAGUGUGGCCAGUAGGGAGGAGUUUGCUAUUGUGGGGCACAAAUGCAAAGGGGACCGGGCUAGCAGUUUUGGGGUGCCCACAGCCCUUGUGCUGGGCAAGGAGAAGUGAAGAUGCAAUGCUAGCGGAGGGCACAGUGGAGUGGAGAUCUGAUGCAGUGAAGGAGUCUUGGUCAAGGGACCAAGGGGAACCAGGCAAGCAGAAUUGGGGGAUAGGGUGGGUGGAGAGGAGGAUGAUCACAGGAUUUCAGUUACAGGGAAGGGUUAAAGCUCCUGCAAUGGGUGUGGAUGUUGAGGCUGGGGAUGGGUGGGUCUUUACAGGGAGAGGAGUCAAGGGUUGGAAGCCAGGGUGCUGGAGAGGUGCCCCCCCCUUCUUGUAGGGCCUAUUUUUAGAUUAGAGCUCUACAGUCCUGCUCAGCCUUUUCAGGCCUUUCUGGCCUCCUGGAGGAGAUGGCUGACCUACUUCCUAAGGCUGGUCACCCACCCAUCCCAAUUUGCUGGGAGUUCAGCACCUGAACUCUUUCAUCUUGGGGCAAAGCUGGACCCUUGGUAGGUGCUAAUCCUGACAGAGGCUCCUACAGCGAAGCGGGCAGGGGAGGCACCCCCGCCUUUAAAGGGGCAGCGUAGUCUGCAGUGCGGGUUUGGGGUUGAGAUGACUCGGUAUGUGUGGGGGGAGGGGGCCGCCCUCCCCUGACCUGGAAUCCCCCCCAGGUGUGAUGGUUGGCUCCCACGCGGACAUGGCGCCGGCCUCCACCGCGGAGGGCUCCGGGGAGAAGCCUGGCCCCGCAGCCCCCGCCCCGGCGGCCCAGUACGAGUGUGGGGAGUGCGGCAAGUCCUUCCGCUGGUCGUCGCGGCUCCUGCACCACCAGCGCACGCACACGGGCGAGCGGCCCUACAAGUGUCCUGACUGCCCCAAGGCCUUCAAGGGCUCCUCGGCCCUGCUCUACCACCAGCGGGGCCAUACCGGUGAGCGGCCCUACCAGUGUCCCGACUGCCCCAAAGCCUUCAAGCGCUCGUCGCUGCUGCAGAUCCACCGCAGCGUGCACACGGGCCUGCGCGCCUUCACCUGUGGCCAAUGCGGCCUAGCCUUCAAGUGGUCAUCCCACUACCAGUACCACUUACGCCAGCACACAGGCGAGCGGCCCUACCCCUGCCCUGACUGCCCUAAAGCUUUCAAGAACUCGUCUAGCCUGCGGCGCCACCGCCAUGUGCACACGGGUGAGCGGCCCUAUACCUGCAGCGUAUGUGGCAAGAGCUUCACCCAGAGCACCAACCUGCGGCAGCACCAGCGCGUGCACACGGGCGAGCGGCCCUUCCGCUGCCCGCUCUGCCCCAAGACCUUCACACACUCCUCCAACCUGCUGCUGCACCAGCGCACCCAUGAUGUCGCCCCUGCUGCCACACCACCGCCGCGGGAGCCCUCCAAGGUCUUGGUCACUGAUGCCUACUUGCAGCCGCACCUGCGCUCCCCCAGCCCUCCAGUGCCCCCAGCGCCAGCGCCUCCCCCCGUGGUGCCUGAGCUCUUCCUGGCGGCAGCUGAGACCACAGUGGAGCUGGUGUAUCGCUGUGACGGUUGCGAGCUGGGCUUUGGCAGCGAGGAGCUGCUGCUAGAGCACCAGCCCUGCCCAGGGCCAGAGGCGGCGCCCACAACCCAGGACAUGGCCCCGGAGACAGAGAAGGCUGCACCGAUUGUCCCAGCCCAGCAGCCCCAGCCCCCUCCUGCCACUGCUGCUCCUGGCUUCGCCUGCGUCCCAUGUGGGAAAUCCUUCCGGACAGUGGCUGGCCUUUCCCGCCACCAGCACAGCCACGGGGCAGCCAGUGGACAGGCAUUUCGCUGUGGCAGCUGUGACGGCGCCUUCCCACAGCUCGCCAGCCUCCUGGCACACCAGCAGUGCCACGUGGAGGAGGCGGCGGCUGGGCGCCCACCCCCGCAGGCUGAGGCUGCUGAGGUCACCUGCCCACAGGAGCCGUUGGUCCCCACCACUCCUGCCCUGCAGCCGCCUGCCCCCAUGUCCACCUCUACUGAGCGGCCCUACAAGUGUGCCGAAUGUGGCAAGGCCUUCAAGGGCUCAUCGGGCUUGCGCUACCAUUUGCGAGACCACACGGGUGAGCGGCCCUACCAGUGUGGCGAAUGUGGCAAGGCCUUCAAGCGCUCAUCGCUGCUGGCCAUCCACCAGCGUGUGCACACGGGCCUGCGGGCCUUCACCUGCGGCCAGUGUGGCCUGACCUUCAAGUGGUCAUCCCAUUAUCAGUACCACCUGCGGCUGCACACUGGCGAGCGGCCCUACGCCUGCGGCGAGUGUGGCAAGGCCUUCCGCAACACGUCGUGCCUGCGGCGCCACCGCCAUGUGCACACAGGCGAGCGGCCGCAUGCCUGUGGCGUCUGCGGCAAGAGCUUUGCGCAGACCUCCAACCUGCGGCAGCAUCAGCGCGUGCACACGGGUGAGCGGCCUUUCCGCUGCCCGCUCUGCCCCAAGACCUUCACGCACUCCUCCAACCUGCUGCUGCACCAGCGCACCCACUCGGCAGAGCGCCCCUUUGCCUGCCCUGUCUGUGGCCGUAGCUUCGUCAUGGCUGCCUACCUACAGCGGCACCUGAGGACGCAUGCCCAGGCCACCCCUGCCGCUGGCCCUGCACCCCCCACCCCUCUGGCUGCAGCCCCAAUGCCACCAGCUACCCAAGAUGUCCAUGUGCUCCCCCACCUCCAGGCCACACUUUCCCUUGAGGUGGCAGGCAGCCCAGCCCAGGCCCCACCCCUGGGUCCGGCAGCCCCCAACUCCCAGACAUUCCUCCUAGUGCAGACGGCCCAGGGCCUCCAGCUCAUUCCCAGCAGUGUGCAGCCUGCUACACCCUCACCGCCCCCUGCCCCUCCCAAGCUCAUUCUGCUGCCCUCCAGUACCAGUGGUGGGGGCGGCCGGGCAAGGCAGGGCCCAAGGGCAGUGGGGAAGGCUGGGCAGGGGGCUGGAGUAGUCUGGCUGCCAGGCCCUGCAGGACUUGGGGUACAGGGAGGGGGCAACGCCGGGGCCAGUGGGGGUGGGCAGAGCCUCAUCCUUUUGCAGAAUGUAGGGGGUGGGGAGGCUGGGCCACAGGAAGUGAGUGGGGUCCAACUCCAGCCCCUUCGGCCAGGCCCGGAAAUGACUGCAGUCCAGCUCCAACCAGCACCGGAAGUGACCACAGUCCAGCUCCAGCCCACACAGGAGGUGACUGCAGUCCAGCUCCAGCCUGUGGCAGGCGAGUUAUCCAAUCCCAGUGGGGGAGCCGUUACCACUGAGGCCCCCAACCUGCUAGUGGUUCAGAGUGGUGCAGCUGAAGAAUUGCUGGCAGGUGCCAGCCCUGGGGAGCCAGGUGACAGUGAGGCUAGCACCGGUGUGGUCCAGGAUGUGCUCUUUGAGACGCUGCAGACAGAUGAGGGGUUGCAGAGUGUCCUGGUGCUGAGUGGGGCUGAUGGAGAGCAGACCCAGCUGUGUGUGCAGGAAGUAGAGACCCUUCCCUCCGGGAUAGCAGAGCCACCUGCCCCCGGGCCACCCGGACAGAAACUGCUUAUCAUCCGCAGUACCCCAGCCACUGAGUUGCUGGAGAACAGUGUUGGGGGUGGCGCAGCCACGUUGCAGCUGCUGGCCCCACCACCACCUGCCUCAGCCUCUGCCCCUGCAAGCCUCCCCACAGCUCCUGCCCCCCAGAUGGUACAAGUAGUCCCUGCAGGAGCCGCGCCAGGGGGCAUGGCCCCUCAGGGCCUGCCCUCCAUCCAGAUUGUCCAGACUCUGCCUGCAGUCCAGCUGGUACAUACAUUUUGAGUAGGAACACUGGUACCUCUUCCUGCCCCCCACACACAGCCGGACUCACUUUCUCGCUGGGCUGGGCUGGGCUGGGCUGGGAGCAGGCGAGCUGCAGGCUGGGCUUGCUAAUAAAGACCAGAAUCUCU